CAAAACUCCCACAACAGAAUGCUUUUUUGAGAUUUCAGCCUCGUCUUCAGGAACCAAGUAGUCGACGGUCUUUUUUUCCAUGGGAGGUCUCGCAUGACUGUUGUGGUCUGCGUACUCGAUGAUGCAAGAAGCGGGGACAGGUAUACAACAUGGGUGGCAGUUUUGGAUAUUUGUAUGGAAAAACAAGAGAAAUCGAAUAGCCGGAAGAUGAACAGGGUGAUGUAGAGUUCUUGGAACGAAGUGUUCCAUUUUCCCCAAUGUGUUUUACGUGUUCAAGGGAGUUGUGCGGUGUGAGUAAUCGUCUUGUGCAGCAAGCUGUGCAGCUUUUGCUCAAUUUGCCUUGCCUAUUGGGAGGUUCUGCACAAUUAGCGAAACUCUUGUGCAACUUUUGAACAUGCAUCCGGUGAUAUUCAGCGUUUCCCGCUCAUUUUCAAAACUGUUUUUUUGUCCCGGUUAUUGCGUGGUGCGUGUCGUCUUGGAAAGGUUCGCACCAUGCGGGCGCGACUGACUAAAUUUGUGGGUGCGGUACCGGCGCUUCUUAUGUUUCGAAAACACAUGUCGCUUCUCUGAGGAAAGUAGCGGAGACUUCCUAUAGCGGACCAUGACCAGGAGGUUUUUGCGACAACUCAUUCUAUUCAAAGGGAUGCCGCGUGGCGAAGCCGGGGCUGACAGUCACGAUGAUGCGGAGCCCACUGGAACGUCUGUGUGGCAAACAUCAGGUGCUAGAACUGUUCCCACUCUGCUAUCAUCCAUUGCAACUCAAAGACUUCUCCUUCCUCGAUCGAGCUGAAUCACCAGUCUGCAAGCGAAGGCCACGAGUUCCAUCGCCCCCGACAGCUGUUUGGCCACAGUGAAUCGCUCUCGAGCGUGCAAGAAGAUAGGGAUGUUUUCAUCACACUGCGAUUGCCGGAAGUAGAGAAAUGCAUGCACACAUGGAGUUUGCCGACGAUUCGUCGUGAAACUGAUACCGCUUGAUGGCUCCGCCAACAAAUUGCCAGUUCUCGGAGACGAAUUAAUAUGAUUUACCUGGAACCGUCAGCUUUGAAGACUUGUAGGGGGGGGAAACCAGGUACACAUGGGCGGGCAAAUGCUGUCGUUACCCCAUUUUUUCUCUGCAUGCUGCUUCGGUCUUGUGCAUUGCAUUCGCCAGGACCAAAGGACAGGGUCGAUGCAGAGUUGAUGUCGUUCAAUGCGCAUACUCUUGGUGCGUGAUAGAAUGCCUCAAAAACGAGCGUGGCUGCAUUUGUCCGAAAAGGUUGUCAUCUCCUAUCGACGUGUAACAAAACCCCUCUGGUCUUAAUGAGUAGCCUGGUGCCCGGGCGAACAAGGCUCUCUAGUCGGUUCUCCCGGAAGUACCGUAUCGUCGGGGCCGAGCUUUAUCAAAUAGUCUUUGAACGCGUUUCUCCUUUUCUCUUUUUGCAACGUAGUUGAACGCAUGUCGCAAGUUGGCGGCGGGGUCAUUCAAAUUGGAGCCAAUGCCCGGAACGAGAAAUACUCGAGUGACCAUGUCACCUCUCUGCAUCUACACUGGUAGUUUCACGGUCUGAGAUUUCUCUAGUGUAUCUGUGACUUUCAUUGCCACUUUGUGCGGUAUGUGGCCGUGCUGGCCGUCUCUAUUUGGCGAGGCGGGAUGGCCGACUUCUUUCCGAGUCCCCCCGGUGCCUUUUACAUCCUCAGUUUCCUUUAGACCUGCCCGGACACAUCCCAGAGCUGCAGAAGUUUCACCUAGGGCUUUUGUGCUUUUGGCAUCUUUGUGUGCAUACGCCGUCGACCACCGACGUGCCAGCUAUGAAAAGUUUGUCUCGCAGCCUUUCGCUUUUCUACCGGUGCAUCUUUCGUCCCGCCCACUCCCGUCGCCGAUGCGUGUUUCGACAAGGACCUCCUUACUGAAAUGUUUGCACCAAAGCGGGGUGGGCAGUUGGUACGGUUCUGCACUUGCGCGCCCAGCGUCAAGAAAUAUCGCGUCGCAGAUGGUGUCUCUACGGGAGGGGCAGUUAUCCACCACUCCAGAUCGUUGCCAUACUGAGCCACUUCACUCGAGAAAGUUGGCGUACCGGCAAAUUGUCAAUUUCUUUCCUCAGAAAAAGAAUGCAGUCCGGGCGGAACGGACUCCUGUAUGCCGUUUUCUCUCCUGUCAGACGCAACAAAAGAGUGGGAGCUGCUGCUCCAUACAAGCCCCUGAAGCGGCGACACAGUCGUACGCAAAUGAACAGGCUGGAGGCGCAAAAUAUUCGCGGCCUCCGCAUAUUCCCGCCUCCGUAUGGGAGAAGCUGAACCGCCACUUGCACCGACAGGCUGACAACCCGAUAGGCAUUCUGAAGAAGCAGAUUGACUCCUUUUUUUUGCAGGAAAACGACGCUCUCUUAAAGAAUGAGAACAUUUGGAACGAGGCCAGAAGUUCUCUUCUUUUCCCCUCUUUUCUUUGGCAUCAUGCCAGAACGAGUUUCGAGCAACCGAGCGAAAGUUUGGAUCCCAUCCUGCAAGAGAGCCCCAUCGACCAUUUGGGUUGUUCCUGUGGUAAGACACCGGAGUCCGGUGCAUCGUCGCUGAUGUCGGACUCAUCGCAAUCGUCCGCUUUUUCUUCCGCUCCACUGUCGAGUUCAGGCGCUCCCGUACAUGCCUCACUGAAAGAAGCGACAUGCGAUACGGGCGACUGUUCGGGUUCUCCGCUUUUCGCACCGUUUCAACUCUUUGACGAUUUCUCUCCCUUCGUGACCUGUAGACAGAAUUUCGAUUCUCUAUUAGUUCCGCUGGACCAUGUAAGCCGCUUGCCAUCAGACACGUACUAUCUCGACAACAGUCCACAUGCGUUAGCCGGAAAGGGAACUAACAGUUCCACACCUGCGGAUCAAGAGUACAAUCCGAACCGUGUUCUUCUUCGGACGCACAGCACGGCGCAUCAGCGGGACCUUAUCGACGCAGGUGUUGAAGCGGCUGUUUGGACGGCGGAGGUGAUUCGCCGCGAUGAGAUUGAUCGUUUGCAUUAUCCCGUCUUUCAUCAGACUGACGGAUUUCGCUUGUUUUCCGGAAAACAAAUGCGACAGCUUAGGCGUGAGCAUGCGCUCCUUCUGAAGGCAGUCACUCACUUUGCGGGCGACAGUGACGCUGUGAGGGCCGACACCGGCGACGGGAAACACACAGGGCGUGACGAAGUAGCCGGAAGAGAUGAGCUGGCGGCUUGGAUUCGGAAAUCGCCAUGCCUAACCCCGUCCAACCCUUUCUUAGACAAUCCAGUGAUGAUUCACCUUCAGCUGACGCUCGAGAGACUUCUUCGGCACCUCUUGGGACCGGAGGUACGCAUGAAAUGGGAUUACAAUACAUCGUUCCCAUUCACAGCUCCCUCUGUAGAGCUUUACGUUGCCAGAGAUCUGACACAUAGCAAGUCAGCAGGCGAGGGAAGUGGAGAGACAGAUGGAGGGGACUCAGAGAACUGGAUGGAAGUGUUAGGUGCGGGAGAAAUUCGCUCCGAACUUUUAGAAGACAAACACAAACAGUCGUCACGUGCAUCCGCAGACAAGAAGGCCCACCCUGUGGUUGCCAGCAUGGGCAACAGUCCACUGACGGACAACUCAGAGCAUCGGUAUCGUGGUUGGGCUUUCGGCCUGGGUAUGGAACGCUUGUGCAUGCACCUGUUUGGGGUCGAGGAUAUCCGCCUUUUCUGGUCCAAGGAUCCUCGGUUUUCGGAACAGUUCGCUGAUGGCCGAGUCCGACGAUUCGUCCCUUUCAGCAGCAUGCCUCCUGUCUACAAGGAUAUUUCCUUUUGGGUAAAUGAAGCAACGGACGGAACUUUGAAAGAGUGCAGAAUUGUUUCAGUAGCAGCGGGGACAGAGCCUGAGCAGCGACGCGGUGGAUUCUCUCCAUCGGUUAAAGCGUGUCGACACACUGACGCAGAACUGCUGACUUCGGACGCCACGUCGAAACAAGAAGCCCAUCCGAAAGAGAUUUUUAACGAAAUGAGCUUCUUCGAGAUGUGCCGCGAAGCUGGAGGCGAUUUGGUGGAGUCGGUCAAGUUGGUCGACAGCUUUAUCCACCCCAAAACAAAGAGAAAAAGUUUUUGCUACAGGCUAACAUACAGAGCAAUAGACCGUACGCUCACACACGAAGAAGUGAACGCUCUCCAGGAAGAAGUUUACAGGAGAACGGGACAAAUGUUUGACGUGGACCUGAGGUAACUGCCGAAUCAGUCGGUGGUGCAGGUGUCUCACAGUGCCCUCGUGAUUUUUGCGUGAAUGCUAGAUGCUUCUCGGGUAUUUGCAGAGUCGGAUAUUUCCAGAAAAAAUAGGGUUCCCGUGCUUGGCAGAUUUACUCCGGGGGCCCUCUGAUGCUUUUUCAUGACAUAAGUUGCCCCGUGAACAGGCGAACCGCGCAUGACGUGUUAUGUCACAAGCAUCAGGCAGUCAGACACCACAGGAACUCGUCAUUCCUUG